UUUUGGGGAAAAAAAAGCUUACAAAGGGCCAAGCCAAAGCGGGUACCAGCAAUGGAGACUCCCCAGAUUUGCUUUUUCUCAACUCUGAGAUAACAAAGAAAGAAAGAAAGAAAGAAAGAAGAGGAUCCAUUCAUUCUCCAUACUCUCUCAUCUCGCUCUCUGCACAAAUACGGAGAUCAUCAUCAUCAUCUUCUUCUUCUUCUUCUUCUUCUUCUUCGUCCAUCAAUAGAUCAUCCAUCUUUCUUCUUCUUUCUUCUUAGAACAUGUGAUAGCAGAAGCAAGAACAGUACCGCAUCGAUUCUUCUCUUGUUCUCUUUCUGUCUCUUGGAUGUUCGGUGGAACCAUAGAAGAAGAAUAGCCCUAUUUCUUACCGCUAAAAGGAAGCAAAACCCAGAUCAGAAUUAGCUAGCAGCAGCUUCAAUGGAUUCAAUCCUUGAAGUAGAGAGUUACUGCAACUCGGACAACACAAUCAGCUUCACCGAUGGCAACACCACCAGUUCGGCUGGAACAACGUCAUCUUCACAAUCGGCUUCGAGUAGCAGCAACAGUAGCAGUGCUCGUAGCCCUAGCCGCUACGAGAACCAGAAGCGCCGCGACUGGAACACCUUCGGCCAGUAUCUGAAGAACCACCGGCCGCCGCUUGCCCUCUCCCGGUGCAGCGGCGCUCACGUCCUCGAAUUUCUCCGCUACCUCGACCAAUUCGGGAAAACUAAGGUUCACACUCCGAUAUGUCCCUUCUACGGCCACCCCAACCCGCCGGCCCCCUGCCCCUGCCCGCUUCGGCAAGCCUGGGGGAGCCUCGACGCCCUCAUCGGCCGCCUCCGGGCAGCCUACGAAGAGAACGGAGGGAAGCCUGAAAUGAACCCCUUUGGGGCUCGGGCUGUGAGGCUUUAUCUUCGUGAAGUUCGGGAUUUGCAGUCCAAGGCGAGAGGAAUCAGCUACGAGAAGAAGAAGAAGCCCAAGCAGCAGCCGCAGCCGCCGACGCUGCCACCCCCUUCAAGUGCAAGCUAGCUAAUGUUGCUGGUAAGAUUAUGCCAUCAGAGAUCUAGUGGAAAGCAACUGAGCUCACUAUACUUGAAUCCGAAAUCUCAAGUUCGCCCACUAUAGGCCACAACUCCGAUCGAGAUGUAAGCUAGUUUAGCUAGCCAGUGAUAUCAUGAUUAACAAAAACCCAAAUAAUAGCACUUAAUAUAAGCUCUAUCUAUCUAUCUAUCUAUCUAUAUAUAUAUUAUGUAUUUCAUAUGUGAGAUUUUAGAGCAAUGAAUACUACUGUUAUAUAUAUUGUGUGUGUGCUGUUUGCUAUGAUCAGAGAAACAAUGCUUAAUUUGGGAUUGA